CAUGGUGGACAAAGUCUCGUGUCUCUUGAUUAAAUUUCGGUUGAAGUAACUUUACUCGACGAAAAUGACUCGUUUUGCUCGUCCUGCCAAGAAGACAAGUCUUGAAGCAACACCCUGGCACGAGCUUGUUAACUCAGGUGGUAACCAAAGCUCAACUACAGCAAGCAAAGACAGUUUUAAAACGGCUGAGAAGAAAGUUGAAAUCACUGGCCUUAAACGAAAGAAGAAAUUCAAUCGUGAUGAUGGUGCCACUGAGCCGAAGAUUGCAAAGAAGCCAAAAAGUAAAAAGCUUUCAUUUACAGGAGAUAAUGACUACAGCACUGGAUCUAAGAUUUCAAAGUCAGAAAGCUGGAAAGCUCAAAGUGGAGGAGUUGGCGAUAAAGGAAACGAAAACUCUAGUUUUAGCAAGAAAGGCACAAAGAUUAGAGUGAAAAGACCAGGAGUGUUAUCAGAAAGAGACUUCAGUGGAAAAAUGAGAAACAAGAAAUUUCAGAAGAAAGGUUAUUUACAGACAGGCAUUAAAAAGCUGAAUAGAAAAAUAUCCACUGAUGGAAGUAGGAAGGAAAGUUAUGAUAAAAAGCUCGAAGCAAGAAGGAAACGAAGAGCAAAAGGAAAGACAUGUUUUCAUUGCCGUCAAACUGGUCACCUGGUUGCAGAAUGCCCGAUGGCACAGAGCUCUGAAGUUGGUGUUGGAAAUUGUUACAAAUGUGGAUCCUCACAGCACACUACUAAGAAUUGCAAGAGCAAACAAAACAAUUCAGACCUUCCUUUUGCAAAGUGUUUUAUCUGUGGGGAAACAGGUCAUAUAGCAAGAGCAUGCCCUGACAACCCUAAAGGACUCUAUCCUAAUGGUGGAGGAUGUAAGAUUUGUGGAUCAGUGGAACAUUUUCGAAGGGACUGCCCUGAACUAGCUAGAAACAAAUCAAACACAGUGACCACUACACAUGCUGGAUACAUAAACAGUAAAAAGGGACAUUACAGUGCAGAUGCUGAGUUAGAGGACCCAGGAGGUACCUCCAUCAGAGUACCAAAGAAAAAAGGGACUGAAGUUGUCAAGUUUUAAAAACGCAACUGAACUUCUGAUUAACCCUUUACACCCUACUAUCAGUAUCCAUAUUCUCCAUACUUUUCUCCAUACAUUCUUGAAGUGCAGACAAGGAGAAUUUAUGUAACAAUCAAGAGCUUCUUAAGUUGGUGAUCAUUUCCUUUAUUCUUGCAACUUUAAUAAGUGAUUUUGGGGUGAAUCUGUGAGGAGAAUUUAGAUGCUGCUCACUUGUUUCUCCUUUUUAAUCAAGUUUUUGUCUUUGUGAUAAAAUGAAGCAGUCCUCUAUCAGUGGAUAGGAAGUUCAUCCAAUAUAAAAAUGUUCUUUUUAAAAAGGCAUUGAUACGCUAAAACAGUAAGUCCAUUUUCACUUGGGAAAAGUAGUAAAAAAUAAAGAAAU